AUGAGGAGACCAGGAGGAGCCAUGAGGAAACCAGGAGGAGCCAAGAGCAGACAAGAAGGAAGCAAGAGGAAACCAGGAGGAGCCCAGAGGGGACCAGGAGGAGACCAGGAGGAAGCAAGAGGAGACCAGGAGGAGCCAAGAGGAGACCAGGAGAAGCCAAGAGAAGCCAAUACGAGACCAGGAGGAGACCAGAAGGAGACAAGGGGAGACCAGAUGGAGACCAGGAGGAGCCAAGAGGAGACCAGAAGGAGACAAGAGGAGACCAGGAGGAGCCAAGACCCUAGUCCUCUCUGCACGCCACCCACAUGA